AUGUCAUCAGCUGCUGAUACACCACCGCCCUCUCCCGAGUACCUCGCAGAGACUGUGGGACCUGCCAUUCGUACUGUUACUUGGCUUUCAGUCUUUGUACCAUUCCUUCUCGUUUCUCUUCGAAUCUAUACACGACUCUUUGUACGCAAAGUAUUUGGUCUAGAUGACUGGGUCAUUACAUUAUCUCUCCUUACCCUUAUGGCCUAUGGAGUUAUCAUCGAAUUAGCCGUCCAAAAAGGUCUCGGUCGACACAUCGAAUGGGUUCUCCUCUACGUCCCUGGAAAUGCCGUCCCAAUUGCUCUCCUUGGCCAAGUGUCGCAACCUCUAGUCAUCAUGUCAUGUGCUUUCGGCAAGAUAUCUUUCUCCAUCAGUCUGAUGCGUCUGGCUGUGCAGCCGUUCAUACACAGAUUCUUGUGGUUCAUUGUCGUCUCUAUGCUCACGCUGCAUGUUCUCAUAUCAAUCAUUAUCUUUGUGCGAUGCAAGGACCCGAGGACAACUUGGAACCCUGCUAUAGUCAGUGAGUGCUGGGCUCCUCACGUCUACUUAGGAGUGAUGUACUUUAUUGGAGCCUAUUCUGCUGCUACAGACUUUAUUCUGGCCCUCUUGCCAUGGGCCAUGCUAUGGAAUCUCAACAUGAAGAGUAGGGAAAAAUUUGGUGUCGCCAUUGCUAUGAGUCUUGGUGUCUUUGCUGGAUCCAUUGCUAUCAUCAAAUGCACCAAACUCAAAGCCAAUGCAACAAGUCUCGAUCCAACCUACGACGUCGGUGAACUUCUCCUCACAGCCGGAGCCGAAAACGCCCUCAUCAUUAUCGCCGCCUGUCUUCCGACCCUUCGACCUAUUCUACGCAAAGUCUUUCCUUCAACAGCUAAGUCAAGCGAGAACUCUCAUCCUUUGAAGAAUAUCCCCAAUAAUAUCAUGUUUGUACCAAAGCACAAGGCUGGUCAAUGGAGUGCCCUUGUGGAGACAGAGGCUCAUCCGGAAAGACACUCUGAUAACCAGAGUGAUAGAAGUAUCCUCAAUGAGCAUCGUGCAGCAAUGGAGAAUGGUCAGGAGAAUACUCAGGCGGCUGGUCCUUCCAGUCCACGGAUAACAAAAACAAGGGAGGUAAUUGUCUCUUAUGGUAGAUCUGAAAGUAGAUAA